AUGGCUCAUUCUACAGAUUCUGAUUCUGAUUUUGUAUCAACAGCUGUUCCAACUAAAAAAGUGCAAACAAAUGCAACUGUAAGAAAAACAGGGAAAGAAAUCUAUAUCGAUAUAGAUUCAACAAGUCAAGAUAGGGUUAAAAAAGCUAAAAAAGUGCAAACAAAUGCAACUGUAAGAAAAACAGGGAAAGAAAUCUAUAUCGAUAUAGAUUCAGCGAGUCAAGAUAGGGUUAAAAAAGCUAAAAAUACAAAAAAGAAGAAAAUACUUGAAAAGAAAAAAAGACACUAUGUUUCAGAUUCUUCAUCUUUACAGUCAGAGACAUCAGAGUCAGAGACAUCCACAACAGAGAGUGAUGAAUAUGGAGUGACAAAGAUUAAUGAAGCAAAAAGGAAGAGGAAUAGUAGGGACAAUCGUGCAGCAGUAAAGAAACAAAAAACCGUGAAAGAGCAAAAGACUGUGAAAGAUAUAUUGAAGGAGUUGCCUUCAAUAAACACUAGAUCAACACCUGGAUUGAUGACAGAUGCUCAUUACGAUGAAGGCACAAACAGUAUUCUGAUUAAAGGAAAAAGAAUAAAGAUCACAAAGGAAAAAAUUCAUAAAGUGUUUGGUUUACCCAAAACUGGAAAAAGCUUAUUUGAUUUGCACAAGGUUAGUGAAGAUCAUCAAGUGUUUGAUGGAUGGAUGAAGGAACUUGAAGAUGGAAAGGCAAAUGCAACAAACUACAAGAAGAUUAUUCAAAAAUCCGAACAAGUGGAUAUGAAUUUCAAGCUGGGUUUCAUAGCUUUAUUUGUUAAUACGUUUGCAGAAUCCAUUCCUAUGGGGACAAACAACUUAGUUCCAGUUAGAGCACUUGUUGAAGUAGAUGACAUCUCUAAAAUCGAUUGGUGUGCAUAUUUAUUGUACUGUGUGAAAAAUUCAAAAGGGAGAUGGCAUCCAGACAACCCCAAGUGUUAUUAUAUAGGCCCGAUGUUGUUGCUAUUGCUAAUUUACUGUGAUGAAAUUGAAUGCAAGCUCCAAAAAAUAGAACGUAAAACACCAUUAGUUACGAUGUGGACAGCAGAUAAGUUGAAGGAAAGACAAUCUUUUGAGAUUGAAGCUGGUGGAUUUGGGGUUGGGAAUCUAAUUGAACGAAGUUCAAAUUUAGAAAUUGAGAAUAAUGAAAAUCAGGUGAAUGAGAAUCAGGACAUGCGUAUUGAGGAGUAUGAAGAAAAGUAUGAAAAAAUUUUCAACAAUGUCUCAACUGAAAAGAAUGAUAUGGAAGAUAUUAUUUUUCAUUGUCUAUCGAAGUUCCCUGAAGACAAUAAAACGAAGGAGAUGAUAAGAAAGUUUAGAGACAUAUUUUCAACUACACUUUUUUCUAGUCGAGAGAAAUCAGAAACUAUUAAGGAGAGAACUGAAGUCAAAUCAGAUAGAGAUGAAGAGCUUAAUAAAACAAACAUUUCUGAUUCUGAUGAUGAUAAAGAUGAAGGAAUGAAUACAAAGUUGGUUGCAUUUUUAGCUGUUAAACCAUUACAACAGAAGUUUCCAGAGAAUGAAGAAACACAAGAAGAAGAUCAAGAUAUGAAUGUUGAUGACCGAAUAAAUUUGGGUUUUGAGAAUAAUAUUGGCGAGGAAACGAUUAGACAUCCGCAUAAUCCAGAAAGACAAAUAGAAUUUGAAGGCAUAAAUGUUGAUGACAAAAUAAAUUUGGCUUCAGAGGUGGUUGGAGACAACAUAGGUGAGAGCUCAAUUGUUACACCAAAACACAAUCCAAAAGAAACUGGUGAUAAUUCUGAGGGUAGUGAUGAAGAUGGAGAAUUAGAAGGGAAUGAAGAGCAUAUUUUAGAUGAGAAAGGGAAAAAGGGACAGAAUGUGAAUGAAAGAGGGAAAAGGAAGGUGACUAAUCCAGAUAUUUUUAGAUCACCUUUUGUGAAUAGGGUAAUUGACUUAAGUGAAAAAGUCAGUACUGAGCAAGAGAUAAUGGCGCAAAUCAUGUUUAGAUGCGUUGCAGACAAAGAUCCAAUGGAAAUGCUGUUUGAAACUGAGUCUGGAGACAUAAUGGAUAGGGUGCAUUUUGAGGGUAUGCGUCCAAAUCAUAAGAUACAUCCUUUCGUUAUUGAUUGUUGGGCUGCUGUUCUUAAUUUUGAAGAAGAAAACCUGAGAAACAAAAAAUCACCACCACGUGUCUUCUUCAACACUCAAAUUAUGACAGAAAAAUUACUGGAUUCUUCAAUACCUUUUGUUGAAAGAUCCCGACUUUUUGAUGAGGCUGUAAACAAUUACUUAUAUGACAUCAAAAGAAAAGUGGAUUUCAAUUCUAUUAAUAUGGUGUUUUUUCCAAUACACAACCGUGGUCAUUUUUAUUGUAUUCUUUUCAACCUUACAAAUCCAGAACAUAUAAUCAUUGACAACAUAAGAUACACCAAAAAAGUAGAAGAUGUCUAUGGAGAGAUUCCUAAACUUGUGCAAAUGUACUUUUCAAAGUUUUUGGACAACAAUCGGCGGGAUAAGGUUUCUUUGUUUAAAUCUAUGAAGCCAAAGAAAAUGAAAAUGGCAUGGCAAACAAAAACUAAGACAAAUGAUGAUGGUAUAUUUUUGAUGAGGCAUAUGGAAAAAUACAUGGGUGAGAAAGAAGAAAAAUGGGAUGUGGAACUGGGAGAAGAAAGUGUUAGGACAUCUAAAAAUUGCAAAGUUGCGUACAUUUUAUGUUUCUAA